AUGUUGGAAGUACACCUGUCUAGCCACAGCCCCGUCUUUAUCGGCCUCACAUUCAUCCUUCUCGUCGCUCUCGUCCUGGCAAAACACAGACUCGCCUCAAAAGCUGCACCAAGCGGACCUCCUCCAUUGCCACCUCUCGUCGACGCUCCCUCCUCCGACCCAUACAACGUUCGCGACACAUUCCUGCACCGUCGAUCCCGCUACGGCAAUGUCUUUCGCGCUAUCGAACCGCACGGUGCAACCGUAACCUACAUCGGCGACGCGCUCACCAUCAAAGACAUCAUCGACCGACCGGAUGCAUUCGACAUCUCAUCCUUGCACACCGCAGCUGCACCCAUGUGGAACAUUUCGAACCCCGCCGGCGUGUGGUUUGCGCACACGGGUGGGCAGGCAACUCUUCAGCACAGCUCGCAUCUCCUCUCCGGAGCUAGGCUCGCUUCUUUGCAGCAGAGAUUCGUUUGCGCCCUCUCGAAGCAGUUUGAUGCACUCGAGCCUGGUCACAAAGGAGACCUUUUCGCUUUGGCUAGCGAAACCUUUUUCCAGGCGACUGUGGAGGCGCUUUUCACUCCGACCUUCCCCCCGGGACAGUACACCGAGUUUCUACGAUGGGAUGCGGAGCUGGAUCAGUUUUGCAUGGCGUGCCCCUCUCCACGCGCGGUUCAGUCAAGAGAUCGCUUUUACAACCUGGUUCUGCAGCAGAUCGACCAACACCUGUCCGAAUGCUCGUUGCAGGUGCGCGAACAGUUGCACAACGUUGAACGUGAACACGGGCAGACGCACGCGGACGCCGUCGGCGUGGUCUUGAGGACUGCCUGGUUGGGGUCCACCCAGUCACCCUUGAGUGGCGCUUGGUUGCUCUGCAUCCUCUCGCGCCAGCCUACCAAAGUGGCGCGCAUUCGAGCCGAGUUGCAACAACUCAAGCAGAAGCUUGCGGUGCACGACGUAGAAGAGAUUGUCGCCAACCCCGACUUGCUGAAAGCCGAAAACUUGCCUCUCCUGGACCACCUCGUACAAGAGCUCCUUCGAGUUUACAGCGCGCAGAGCGUCCCUCGGCUAUGCCUCAAAGAUACCGUAGUUCGCGCUAUGGUCGGUCCCGGACGAGUCAGGCUUUUCCAACUCAAGCAAGGCGACAUACUUCGACUGCUCUUCUGGAACGUCCACGAUGCCACCCUCAACUUACAAUGGUGGCCAGAGUCGCAAGGCAAAGGCGAAAAAUUCAGAGGAACGCUCCAAACAUUUGACGAGUCACGCUUCGAUCGAGUUCCGAAACCGGCCAUGGUCAAGUUGGACAGCAACGAGGCGGUGAGGACCUGGACGCCAUUUGGGUACGGCUCCAGGGUGUGCCCGGGCAGGUAUUGGGCUGUGGCCGAGGUCAAAGCCUUCAUCCUAUUGUUCUUACAUAGGUUUGAGCUCGAGGGUGCGGUGGCAGAGCCGCCGAGACCGGAUCCAAAGAGGUGGGUUGGCGUCAUGCAUCCCUUGGAUGCUAUGCCUGCCACACUCAAGGCUCGAAGCUAA